UUCGCUCAGUGUGGUUGUGUACUUUUGUUACCUGUUUCUUCAACAAUGUUUUCGUGUAACUAUUGUUCUCUGACUUUUACUACGGAGCAAGAACUCAAUGUUCAUAUUGAAAAGUGCGACAAAAACACACAACCGCCGCUAUCGGAACCAUGUCAUUUGGACUCAUAUAUUUGCGAAGCCUGUUGUGCAAAUUUAGUGACUGCAGAAGAAUUUGCCAUGCAUGAAAAAACGUGCGAAAUAAAGAAACUCACAGCAACGUUGAUACCUCAGGUCGAAGAACUCAUUAGAACUAUUAAUAUCUCUGACAAAGCGUCGAAACGCUGUAGAAUUUGCAAGAUGAACUUUACAACGCGGAAAGACCUCAUUGUUCACAGGUAUACGUGUAAAAAAAGAAAAGUGAGAAAGUUAUUGAAAGGACUGACCACAAACUUAGAAGAGUGGUGUAAAAAAUUUGAGUCUGUAAAGACAUUUUCUGUUUCNCCAGUGUCAAGUGACAGUAGCUCGACUAGCUAUGUACCGAAAUCUGAUGAAGAAAAUGUGAGUAAUUCUGUUCAUUUAUGUCACGCGAUAGAUUGUGCUGUUGUAUAUUUUUUUGAAAAAAUUAGAAUUAACGGAGAGUGAUGUAAUUAAGAUGAGUUGCAAUCAUUUUUCGUUGUC